AAAAGCAGCUGGAAGUCACAGCGGAACAGAGAGCCUGGCUUAGGAGUGAUCAGAGCAUCAUCAGCAGAAAGUUAUCAACAUGGGGAACUGUUGUGAGUGCAUGAGGAAUUUCUUCUUAGGGCACAAGAACACCAAUGUCCGAGUUAGCCUGCCGGCUGUCUGCUUUGUCUGGCAGAUUGCUAUGAUUAUAUUGUUUGGAGUUUUCAUCCGGUACGAUGAGGAAUCAGACGUACGGAGAUGGUUAGAGCACAAACAUAGUCACAACAUCACCAGCGAUAUUGAAAAUGACUUCUACUUCAGAUAUCCCAGUUUCCAGGACGUCCAUGUGAUGAUCUUUGUUGGAUUCGGAUUCCUCAUGACCUUCCUGAAACGCUACAGCUUCGGUGCUGUGGGCUUCAACUUCCUGAUCGCCUCCUUUGGUCUGCAGUGGGCUCUUCUCAUGCAAGGCUGGUUCCAUUCCCUUGACCACUCCACCGGGAAAAUCACUAUCGGAGUAGAGAGUCUGAUCAAUGCAGAUUUCUGUUGUGCUGGCUCCCUGAUUGCCUAUGGUGCCCUCCUGGGGAAAGUAAGCCCUGUCCAGCUGUUGGUUGUCACCUUAUUUGGGGUCACGCUGUUUGCUGUGGAGGAAUUCAUCAUCCUCAGCCUCCUUCAUUGCAGAGAUGCUGGUGGCUCCAUGGUCAUUCACUGCUUCGGAGGGUACUAUGGAUUGGGCAUCUCCUGGGUCCUCUACAGACCAAACCUACACCAAAGCAAACGCCUCAAUGGGUCUGUCUACCACUCUGAUGUCUUUGCCAUGAUUGGUACACUGUUCCUGUGGAUGUUCUGGCCCAGUUUCAACUCAGCCAUCACUGACCAUGGUGACGGACAGCACAGAACAGCUAUCAACACUUACCUCGCCCUCGCUUCCUGUGUUCUCACCACUGUGGCCAUCUCCAGCAUGUCUGACAAGAGAGGAAACCUCGACAUGGUUCAUAUCCAGAACGCCACUCUGGCAGGUGGUGUUGCCAUGGGAACAGCAGCAGAGUUCAUGAUCACUCCUUAUGGUGCUCUAAUCGUGGGAUUCUGCUGUGGCAUCAUCUCCACCUUUGGCUACCUGUUUGUCACACCCUUCUUAGAGAAAUAUCUCAAGCUCCAGGAUACAUGUGGUGUCCACAACCUGCACGCUGUGCCAGGGAUGCUCGGCGGCUUUGUAGGUGCCAUUGUUGCUGCAGCCGCCACUGAGGAGGUCUAUGGCAGAGAGGGGUUGAUCUCGGUAUUUGACUUUGAAGGCAGUUUUGCAAACAGAACCGUAGGGACCCAGGGAGGCUUCCAGGCUGCUGGCACAUGUGUGGCUAUUGCAUUUGGACUUGUUGGUGGAGCGCUUGUUGGGAUCAUUCUGAGGUUCCCUAUCUGGGGCGACCCUGCUGAUGACAACUGCUUCGAUGAUGAAGCUUACUGGGAGGUUCCUGAGGAUGAGGAGAGCAUCCCUCCUGUUCUUGAGUACAACAACCACAUGAUACACAAGCACCAAGACAUAUCCGAGUCAAACUUCUCUGUGGAGCAAAGUUAGAAGGAACACUUCAAACUUAAUACAGCUGUGAAAUUACACUAAUUCAUCAAGGAGUCACCCUAAAAAAUGUGCAAUUCUCCAUUUGUCAGUGAUUGGAAUCUUAAGGUUAUGAUAAUUGUGACAAAAUAUCUUAUUUUUUAUUAUUGUGUUUAAAAACUGUUAUUCUUGAAGGGAAAACUUCAUAUAAUUUGCACAUGUUGCAGAUGAUUGUAAAAUAUCAGGUACUGAAUCCAAGCAGCAUGAUGUAAAGUCAAAGACACUUUAUGUUGUGUAAGAAGAUUGCUACGCACGGAAGAACUGAGGAACAUUUUCCCAAAUUUGGAAAUGCAUCACUGUAAAUCAGUUGUUGUACAUCAUUUAUCUUAAACCUCUAAAUUUUUGGCUUUAAAUUGUUAAAUAUUGCCAUAAUGUUUGCCUUUUGUAUUUCAUCUCAUCUCUUUUUUAGUUGUGUGUGGGGAAAAAAGAAGGUGUUAAGUGAAUAAUCGGAGGUAUUUGUGAAGCCAGAUUAGAUAGUUUUUUAGUUGUAUAUCUUACUUACUUAUGUAUUGGACUUUAUAAGCUGUGUGUAUAUAUAAUUUUAUGACUCACUGUUUUUUGUUGCACUUACUUGGUCUUGAGGUGGAAGUUAUGAGUAACUACUGUAUCUAUGAUACAAUUUCUACAGUUUUGCGAUUUGGUUGCUGUAGUGUUGACUGUUACCUCCAACACACUUUGUGUGACUGUAUGUGACAAUCUGCCUGUUCUAUUGUUGACGUAUUUUUAGAUGUACACAUUAAAAAAUCAUAUGUAACUGGAAUUUAAUUAAAAAAAAAGUUAUGUAUUGUCUUUACAAACUAAUUUCUCGCAUUUUUACACACACCUAUGAUAAAAAUGCAAAAAUGUCUAAAUAAAUAAAUUAUUACAAUGCUGA